AUGUCCGACUCCAAAGACCGCCACUUGGCCGACUUGUUUGAGAUUGAGCUGCGACGGAAAGCCGAUCUUGAUCCCGGCAACUACUGGGAGCUUGUCUGGUUCUUACAGCUUCCCCUUGAGACUAGAUGUAGUUAUAUGCAAAUCCUUGAGGCGCGAAUUGACCAGGACACAACCCGAAAAUACCUUUCGAGGCAGUCUUGCUACUAUCAGCGUAAUUGGCGAGCCCCAACUCGUUCAUGCUUAGCCGUGGAGGAGAUCCAAGCGCCCACCAAACCCUGGCAAUCAAUUGGCCACCGCCAACGUCGCAAGGUAGCCCGGUCAAGACCACCCAAAACUUGUCGUGAACAUCUAUCACCGCAACCCACCAGAGUCAAAUCGUCUCCUAAUCACCCAACGUUCAAACCCGCAGUCAAGGCCAACCAAUAUACGGUACCUGCCAGACCUACCACUCCCAAUGAGCUUCGUGAUGCUUUGUCAGCCAUUGCAACACUUGCAUGCGACGCCGUUGGGUAUGCACCGGUCACUCUCAAUCAAUGCCGCUCACCCAAAGUGCCCAAUACUCCACCUGAGCCUGAAUCUGGCCCAGAGCCCGUCACGGAACAAGUGCCUGAGGAAGCCGCACAAUGCGAGCCAUUCCCAGAGCCAUACCCGGAGAAUGGAUCUCUAUGGGUCAAAGAUACACUCAUGCAGGAGGACCUAGCAUAUUUUGUGGCUGUUGGACAUUACCUGAGAGCACCUGAGGAUGGCUAUACCAUACAAGAUGCUGCCGGGGACUUAUACGUGCUGGAGUACGUGGCCCAUGAGUUCUAUUCCUCCCUUUUUCACGCAUUCUCGGUUGAGGGAAAUGGGGAAUCCAAGCGGAUUUCACUUCUUCCGCCCCUCGCAACGACCGUAAUAGAUCUUGUACGUGGUUGGUCGGUUGUACCAAAGUCUUGGAAGGAAUCUAGCAAGCUGUUGCCCAAUCCUCGACCUCGUUGUGUACACUGUAGUUGCAUCUGUUAA